AUGACACAGAGCCUGUCGGGCCCGCGCACUCUUGGCAAAGUUUCAGUGCGACGAGAGGCGCCGGGCGCUCCAUGGCCGCGCCGUAACGGGGACCCAGCCGCCUCCCCGCCCAGCCCAGCCCAGCCCUUCCGCCCGCCCAGGAUGGAGGCGCCCGCCAGCGCGCAGACCCCGCACCCGCACGAGCCCAUCAGCUUCGGCAUCGACCAGAUCCUCAACAGCCCGGACCAGGACAGCGCACCAGCCCCGCGGGGCCCCGACGGCGCCAACUACCUGGGAGGGCCCCCCGGGGGCCGUCCGGGCGCCACAUACCCGUCUCUGCCCACCUCCUUUGCUGGCCUCGGCGCGCCCUUCGAGGACGCGGGAUCUUACAGUGUCAACCUGAGCCUGGCGCCCGCCGGCGUGAUCCGAGUGCCCGCGCACAGGCCGCUGCCUGGGGCCGUGCCGCCGCCUCUGCCUAGCGCGCUGCCUGCCAUGCCCUCCGUGCCCACGGUCUCCAGCCUGGGCGGCCUCAAUUUCCCCUGGAUGGAGAGCAGCCGCCGCUUCGUAAAAGACCGUUUCACAGCGGCGGCGGCGCUCACGCCCUUCACCGUGACCCGGCGCAUCGGCCACCCUUACCAGAACAGGACGCCGCCCAAGCGUAAGAAGCCGCGCACGUCCUUUUCUCGGGUGCAGAUCUGCGAGCUGGAAAAGCGCUUCCACCGCCAGAAGUAUCUGGCCUCGGCCGAGAGGGCGGCGCUCGCUAAGUCCCUCAAAAUGACGGAUGCGCAGGUCAAGACCUGGUUCCAAAACCGGAGGACCAAGUGGCGGCGGCAGACGGCGGAGGAGCGGGAGGCGGAGCGGCAGCAGGCGAGUCGGCUCAUGCUGCAGCUGCAACACGACGCCUUCCAAAAGAGCCUCAACGACUCUAUCCAGCCCGACCCGCUCUGUCUGCACAACUCUUCGCUCUUUGCUCUGCAGAAUCUGCAGCCCUGGGAGGAGGAUAGCUCCAAGGUCCCCGCCGUCACCUCUCUGGUGUGA